UUGCCUACCCUCGCCUCUCUUUUUUUCUUAACUUCAGCAACAGUCCGAGCAUCUCCAUGCAUUUCUUUUGACGCCAACUGGAACCUCCUUGCUUUCGGCCUGAACGGCAAAGACUGGAACGCGGGCACCCAAGACACCUGGUCCAGCAGCACCGCGGCCACAGACAUCACAGCGUCCAACCGACCGCCAUUUGAUGCAACUAACACUACAUGCUAUCUCUCGCAGGCAAGUCUGAGCACGAUUUAUGCCAACGCGAUAUACGCAAUUAAUGCCGACUCCAAAAAUCCUUCUUCUGUUUACAUCUACAACGCGGCUGCAAAAUCAUGGUCCAUGCAGGCAGUCGAUGCUGGUUCUUUCGACUAUACAUCUUUCGGUGCUAUUCUGGACCAUGACACAAACGUCUUCUAUGCGUUGUCACAGGGAAACCUCUUCUCCCUAGACAUGGGUUUACUCAGUGCAGCCAAUAGUACAGCAUUAAACUGGGUCAACGAUGAACAGGUGCCGUACCCCUCGGGCUACGUUCCAGUCAUGGCUCUUGCGCAAAAUCACAUUCAUUUCCUAGACGUCCCCAACGUCUCUGCUGGGAGCGCAGACAUUUUCGUCAUUCACUACUCCUACUUCCAACCGCAGGCCCAGGCUUACCCGCUCUCAGAUGGGAGCGCAUUCCCCGCCACUUACGGGCAAGUCGCCUCGUUCUUCCAGGCAGACAACACAGUCCAGCAAGAGUUCGCCUUCAUUCCCGCAGAUUCUUCCGCCACGUACAUAAUUAAUGUUGAGACGAAUACCACUCAGUCCCUAGCAGCGCCCACUACCAAAGACUCCAAAGCGACAUACUUCGCCGGCGUCACAGCUCUCGUACAGCUCACAAGCAAUGGCACCGUGUCUUACCUCCCUUACCUUGAGGGUAACACGAGUACGAACAUCGCUGCAACUUGGGCCUCUGUGAGCAACCUCGCGGCAGCUGCCCCACCAUCAUCAUCCUCUUCGAAUUCCAGCGGGUCGAGUGGCAAUACCUCCGGCACACACAGUGCGACCAGUCCAAGCAGCACCACUGCAUCUGGAGCAACU